AUGUCGACCCUUGCUACUUUGGCCGAUUUACCGGCCGAACUAUACGAUCUAAUUCUUAGCUAUGUCCCACUCCUUGAACGUACUCACACUACGUUCGCGAUCAUGGUCGCCUGUGCCCGGUCGCCUGUACCCUCUACACAUCUCUUCGAUCAUGUCUCUCUGGCAUCUUCCGAGAAGGUCAAGCUCUUCAUGCUGCAAGUACGGCGAUGGGAUAGGGACCUCGUGCGUGAGCGUGUGCGCAGGAUAUCUCUUGAGGCCUGGAAUGCAGACGCGGACGUCGUCGCAAUGUUACUCGGCAUGCUGCAGGGUCUGGAGUGGAUCAACUUGAACAUCGGCCCCACAUACGCGCCCGAGCAUACCGAGGACGUCUUCACGUUACAAAGACCGCUGCUCAAGUAUCUGGCAAUGCGCUUCAGACCUUAUGUCAAGAAGGCAACGUACUACCAGUUUCUGAAGGGAGCCUACUUCGACUCUACACUCGUACAGCUAUCCAAAUGGCCUGCUGGGAGUCUGCCCCUACUAUCCAUUGUUCAAGACCCGCUCGAUCCAUCAUUGGCCCCAACCCAUUUCGCGCAACCCAUCGUGUUCUUUCGCCUGGACCCUCUAACUACGUUGUCCCAUUCGCCACUGGGAAGUACCCUGAAGUCAUUCCGCCUCCGCUUGCCCAAUCGCGAGGUCACUCGGCACCUGAUACUAGAAAGCGCCGAUCGUUUUCAGCCCUUUCCUGCCCUUAACUAUCUAGACCUGUCGACGUGUAAAGUGCGUGACGUCGACGCUUCGCGCCUCUUGUCCCACAUGCCCGGGUUGCGAAUGCUGGUGCUCGAUCGUUGUGGGACCGUGAGGGGUGGAGAGGUUGAAGGUGAAGGAUGGGAGGAGUUCGGAAAGGCGUUGGCGCUUGGAGGCGUGUUCAGGCAGAAGGAGCGAGAAAAGGAGCUGCGCAUCUACGUGGAGGCCGUGACGACCGGUUCGGCACCAGCAGCCCCGCGGCGCAGCGAGCGUAAAGUCAAGAAGAAAGGCCGUAGCGGCAUUGCGAACUCGACGAUCUCUAUACGCGAUAGACACAAUCAGCUACCGCACCCCAUCCCUUCUGGAUCUCGGUCUACGCAGACCGGUGAUACGGAGAACGAUGCCGCUGAUGCUCAUCUUGCUCAAAUCAUGGAGACUCUCAGCAUGAAGCGCAUACGCAUUUUACCAGUUGCACCGCGUCUGCGACACUUGGCCAUCACCCCAGUGGGGCGUAUCUCACCGUCCGCGUACGAGGUCAUUCGUACAUGCUUCAAACACGGCUGGGAGGACGGUGUGAGAACACUGGACGCAGUGCGGAAGCGGAUGCGUACGAGCGUAACGAACGACGUGGUGCGCGCUAUGCGCUUCGCGCGUCCAGGAGACGAGGAGUAUAACGAGAAGGAGGAAAGGCAUCCGCUUGCUGGCCUAGUCGACGUCGAUGUCUUGGAUGAAGAUUGGGAAGAACUGCAGCCACCGCCACCCGCGCUCUGCUUGAUGGGACCAGGUCGCGGUGACGAUCAUGUUGAGCGUUGCGCCCACUCUAGAGGGUGGGAGUUAUGGGAAGACGAACUUUAA